UGAUACUUCUCUUGUUAAUAAUCACCAACGGCGAUGGAAGGCUAGUGCUGUUUGUCAACCACAACCUGUUCCUACAUAUUCACCUCCGCCACCACCACGCCCACUACCACAAAUACCUCCACCAUUAAUUGCCGGUAAACGUACAGCAACUGAUGAUUCUUUUGUGGGCAAAACGGGUGGUGAAAUAUUUCAUGAGAUGAUGUUGCGUCAUGGUGUAAAGCAUGUGUUUGGAUAUCCAGGAGGUGCAAUCCUUCCCGUAUUUGAUGCAAUAUAUAACUCCGAGCAUUUCGACUUUAUUCUCCCAAGACAUGAACAAGGAGCUGGACAUAUGGCGGAAGGUUAUGCUAGAGCUAGUGGUAAACCAGGUGUUAUUUUGGUUACUUCUGGUCCUGGAGCAACGAAUGUUGUUACUCCAAUGCAAGAUGCUCUGUCAGAUGGUACACCCUUAAUCGUGUUUUGUGGCCAAGUUCCAACGUCAUCUAUCGGAACUGACGCGUUUCAAGAAGCUGAUGUUGUUGGCAUAAGUCGUGCUUGUACAAAGUGGAACGUAAUGGUUAAAGACAUUGCAGAUUUACCACGUCGCAUUAGUGAAGCAUUUGAAAUAGCAACUACAGGUCGACCAGGUCCUGUACUAGUUGAUCUUCCAAAAGAUGUUACCGCGGGUGUACUUAAAAAAGCUAUACCAACACAAUACACAAUUCCUUUCCGUGCUUUUAGUGAAUCUCCUGCACUAGCAUCAUCUCUGGAAAUUUAUCCAGUUAUUCAGCGUGUGGCUGAAAUUAUUAACAAAUCCAAGCGACCCGUCAUUUAUGCAGGUCAAGGAGUCCUCUCAACAACGGAAGGACCAAAACGUUUAACAAGGUUGGCAUUUGAAGGUAACAUCCCAGUGACGACAACCUUACAAGGGCUUGGUGCUUUCGAUGAAACGGAAUCUCUUAGUUUGCAUAUGUUGGGUAUGCAUGGUUCAGCAUAUGCCAAUAUGGCUAUGCAAACUGCUGACACUAUUAUCGCUCUAGGUGCGAGAUUUGAUGAUCGUGUUACUGGUGAUUUGGCUCACUUUGCACCAGAAGCUAAAAAAGCAGCAAAAGAAGGGAGAGGAGGUAUCAUUCACUUUGAAAUAAGUCCCAAGAAUGUCAACAAGGUUGUACAAGCUACAGAAGCUGUUCAAGGAGACGUAGCAGAUAAUCUUAUUAGGCUUUUACCACUUAUUGAAUCACAAGAAAGAAGUGAAUGGUUUUCAAUGAUUGAUGAGUGGAAACAAAAUUAUCCAUGGAAAUAUUCUAAACCAUCAUCCCCAGACGAAGCAUUAAAACCACAACAAGUUAUAGAAGAAUUGGAUCGUCAAACUAGUGAAUAUAAAGACAAAGUACUUAUAACAACAGGAGUAGGACAACAUCAAAUGUGGGCAGCUCAGUUUUAUAGGUGGACACAUCCAAGAACCAUGAUCACAUCAGGGGGUUUAGGUACAAUGGGAUAUGGAUUACCUUCAGCAAUUGGAGCAAAGGUUGCAAAACCGGAUCAUAUUGUUAUUGAUAUCGAUGGAGAUGCAAGCUUUUGUAUGACGGGAAUGGAAUUAGCAACAGCAGCCCAAUAUAAUAUUGGUGUAAAAGUAUUAAUUUUAAAUAAUGAAUUUCAAGGGAUGGUAAAGCAAUGGCAGGAUUUGUUUUAUAAUAAUAGAUAUAGUGAAACCAAAAUGAAAAAUCCUGAUUUUGUUAAAUUAUCAGAGGCAAUGGGUGUUAAAGCUUUAAGAAUUCGUACCGAAGAAGAAUUACCGGCGAAAAUGAAAGAAUUUUUAGAAUACAACAAUGGACCAAUUGUAUGUGAGGUUCUUGUAGACAAGCAUGAACAUGUCUAUCCUAUGGUUCCAGCUGGUAAAGCUUUACAUGAUUUUGAAUUGCAUCCUGACUUGAAAAAAAUAAAAAUAAUGUAA